AUGCAAUUUAUUGUUUCGUCAUUUAUACUUUUUAUCUCAUUUUUACUGUCAUUUGUAUCUGCUGAAACUCACACAUGGUAUUUCAAAACUGGUUGGGUAGAUGCAAAUCCAGAUGGGGGUUUUCCUCGUAAAAUGAUCGGGUUUAAUGAUUCUUGGCCCUUGCCCACAUUAAGAGCCAAAAAGGGUGACAGAAUUCAGUUGUAUUUGAUCAAUGGCUUUGAUGAUUUGAAUACUACUUUACAUUUCCACGGUUUAUUUCAACACGGUACAAACCAAAUGGAUGGUCCAGAAAUGGUUACUCAAUGUCCAAUUCCACCAGGUGAAACUUUCCUAUACAAUUUCACCAUUGACGACCAAGUUGGCACUUAUUGGUAUCAUAGUCACACUUCAGGUCAGUAUGGUGAUGGUAUGAGAGGUGUCUUUAUUAUUGAAGAUGAUGAUUUCCCAUAUGACUAUGACGAAGAAGUAGUUUUAACAUUAAGUGAACAUUAUCAUGACUAUUCUAAGGAUUUAAUGCCAGGAUUUUUGAGUAGAUUUAAUCCAACCGGAGCUGAACCAAUCCCGCUGAAUCUUUUGUUCAAUGAGACGAGAAACAAUACCUGGAAAGUUGAACCUGGAAAGACGUACUUAUUGAGAAUUGCCAAUAUUGGAAGAUUUGUCACACAAUAUUUGUGGAUGGAAGACCACGAGUUCACAGUUGUUGAAGUGGAUGGUGUUUAUGUCGAGAAAAAUACAACCGAUAUGUUGUAUAUCACUAUCGCCCAAAGAUAUAGUGUCUUAAUCACAACAAAGAAUUCAACAGAUAAGAAUUAUGCUUUCAUGAAUCAUGUUGAUAUUACUAUGUUAGAUACUGUUCCUGCUGAUUUGCAAGUCAAUGGAACCAAUUACAUUGUGUACAAUGAGAGUGCUCCAUUACCUGAUGCUUAUAUUGUCGACUCCAUUGAUGACUAUUUAGACGAUUUCUACUUGAAACCCUUAAAUAAAGAAAAACUAUUAGAUGAUGCAGACUAUACUAUCACAGUUGAUGUUCAAAUGAACAAUUUAGGUAAUGGAGUUAAUUAUGCUUUUUUUAAUAACAUCACUUACACAACACCAAAAGUUCCAACUUUGUUGAGUGUUUUGAGUGCUGGUGAUGCUGUGACUAAUGAAUUGGUUUAUGGUACUAACACCAACAGUUUUGUUUUACAAGGUGGUGACGUUGUUGAUAUUGUCUUGAACAAUUUGGAUUCUGGUACACACCCGUUCCAUUUGCACGGGCACGUAUUCCAAUUAAUUGAAAGACAUAAAGAAAUUCCUGAUACAGAAGAUCCAGUUGGUUAUAAUGCUACCGACCAUGCCGACUGGCCCGAAUACCCGAUGAGUAGAGAUACUGUUUACGUUAGACCUCAAUCCUACAUUGUCAUGAGAUUCAAAGCCGACAACCCAGGGGUUUGGUUCUUCCACUGUCAUAUUGAAUGGCAUUUGGAUCAAGGUUUGGCCAUUGUGUUAAUUGAAGAUCCAGAGGCUAUUCAAAAAAAUUCAAGUCAACAAAUAACUGAUAAUCACAAGCAGAUUUGUGAAAAGGUUGGAGUAUCAUGGGAAGGUAACGCUGCAGCUAAUACAAAUGAUUUCUUGAACUUAAAAGGUGAAAAUAUUCAAGUAAAGAGAUUACCAACUGGUUUCACUGCAAGAGGUAUUGUCGCUUUAGUUUUUUCAUGUAUUGCAGCAUUCUUAGGGUUGGCUUCCAUUGCUUACUAUGGUAUGAAUGACAUUAAAGAUGUGGAAGAAAGAGUCGCAAGAGAUUUGGAUGUGAACUUGGAGGGAGAAAACGACGAAGACGAAGACGAAGACGAAGAAGAAGCAGAAAUUGUGAAUGAAGGUUCUUCAUCUUCAGGCAGCAACUCAAAACAACAUUAA